AUGAUGGAUGGGCUGCUUAUUCACUCCAUUAUGGAACAUUCCACCGAUGCUCCUGCUCCCAAGGCCAAUAGAGAUAAUGACGAGCCCUCUACGGACAGCCCUUCCCGUACAAGAUCCCAAUACGAUAGGGUUUGGUAUUCAUCACCUCUUGACGAUCCCAGCUCUGCCAAGAAUCGCAUCGACCAUGAUAUCGCGAAAGUUGCCGGAUUCCUUGCCGAAGCUGGUCAUAUCGAUUCUUCUAGUGAUUAUGGGGACGAUCCUGAUGCAGAAAAUGUGUUUGCUGGAUUCGAGCUUAUGAAGGUGGGGAUGGAGGAUCAGCUGGAAGAAGAGGAUGACAAAGAGGAGCCAGAAGAGGAUGACUAG